UCCUGCGCUGCUCCUCAGUCCGACACUUUCUUUCUGUUCCGCUCUUACUCUCGUGCCGCCGCCGCCGCCGCGCAUAGCGAUACGCACGGUGCAUUUACCUGUGCGCACUGUGGGCGGUCCACAGUGGGAGGAAUAUUUCACUCCCCUUGUCCACUCCCCUCGUACACACACACACACACACACACACAGAGCGAGAGAGAGAAACUUAGUGCCGACCUGAUCGAGGAGCAGAGGUGAGAUCAGAGGAGACGGGGAGAGAGAGAGAGAGAGAGACGCCCGCAAACGUCUGUGUGAACUGAGCUGAAGUUUCUCGGCUCAUCGGAGAAUAAAGGAAUAAUCUGGAGGUGCUUUUGCCCCACGCUGCGCUCUUGUGGAUUUUUUUUUUCGGAAGAAUGGCGAGAGAUUACGCAUCGCGCUGUCCGGUGUCUCCGCUCAGACACACUGUCCUGGUGGCGGCGGUGAUUCUCCUUGUGGCACAAGGUAUCAGGGCCCAGAAAGUACGAGUGGAGGAGGAGCUGGAGGCGUAUCCCACAGAGUCGGUCGACCUACGCUGCCAAUUCAUCGACGGGGGAGGCCGAACCAAACUCACACAGGUGUCUUGGAUAUGGGAACCUUCUGAUGGCAUCCGGGACAACAUUGCCGUGUACCACCCACACUACGGGCAGAGUUUCCCCAACUCGGCUUUCAAAGACCGAGUUGUCUUCCUGCACAACAGCCUGGAGAAUCCGUCCAUCCGGAUUUCGAACCUGAAAAUGUCCGACGCCGGCCGCUACACCUGCGAGUACGCCACCUAUCCGUCCGGGAACGAGCAAGGCACGACCACCCUCGUCAUGCUCGCCAAGCCUAAGAACUCAGCCAAAGUGGUGACAGUCCAAGCCGGCACCAAAUCGGUGGUGGUCGCCCAGUGUGAGGCGGCAGACGGCAAACCGGCCGCGACCAUCAAGUGGCUGGCGUCGGUCGGUGGCAACCACUCAACCAGCACCACCAACGGGCCAGAUGGGACGGUGACAGUCCGCAGCGAGUAUCGUCUGGUUCCCACGCCGACGGACGACGGCAGAGAGGUGACCUGCAGGGUGGAGCAGCGGACACAGGAGCAGCCGUGGGUUUAUCCCGUCAAGCUUUCUGUAGAGUAUCCUCCCUCUGUGUCAAUAGAAGGCUACGACAACAACUGGUACGUCGGCCGCUCGGAUGCCGAGCUCCUGUGCAUGGCCAACGCCAACCCGGCGCCCACCACCGUCACCUGGACUGCGGCGUCGGGCUCGUUGCCGGACACGGUGGUGGUGGACGGCAACAAGCUGACGGUGAGGAAAGUGGACGACGCCGUCAACACCACCUUCAUCUGCGAGGUCAAGAACAAGCACGGGGCGAGCAGGCACCAGAUCACCACCAUCGUCAUCGAAGCCUUGGAGGAUCCACUCAGCGUCGGCAUGGUGGCGGGCGCCGUGAUCGGCUCCCUCCUGGCGCUGUUGUUGGUUGUCACGCUCGUCGGCGUGCUCCUGACCCGCAGCCGCCGGCAGCAGAGGCGCGGCUACCCCAGCAGCGGGGACUCCAUAGCGACGGGCAGCGGCGGGAGCAACGGCGGCGACUACGGCAACAAAGCGCGCCUGCUGUUCAGCGGCGGCACGGGCACCAGCGGGGGCGGCAAGAACGGCACGGCAGCGAACAACAACGGGCCCAUGUACACGUACCGGGAAGGCUGCGACGCCACGGGGACGCUGACGGAAAAGGCCAACGACUUCCACCAUCACCAUCUCCACCUCUCCUCCACCGGCAACCCGUCCUCCGCCCACGACAUCCUGCUCAGCGGCGAGAUGGGCGAAGCCGAGCGGAGGAAGUUUGACCUGGAUGACAGCAUGGAAGAAGAAGAGGAGGAGCAGUACGACAGGUUUGGAGGCGGGGACAUGCUGCCACCCGCCUAUCACAUGCGCGGCGGUCCCAGCGGCGAAGAAGAGCUGGACGCGUACCUGGACGACGACAUGGAGUCGCAGAGAGACGGCUCGGUCAUUUCCCGGACUGCCAUUUAUGUCUGAGUGAUGAGAAAGAAAAGGAAAGGAGAAGAAGAGACAAGACAAGGGGCUGAAAAUGGGGAGCGAGGAUGUGGUGGAGGAAGCGAGGAUUCAGAUCCGGCCCAGUUCACCACAGAAUAAAUCAACAUUGCCUCCAUCAGCUGAACACUUACCUGCUUAACAUUCAUAAAUAAAUAAAUGAAGAGAUGCCAUCAGUUACAUCCUCUCUGCUUCAACUGUGGCAGCGUCAUUUUAGGAUUAAAAGGAGGAUUAAAAGAAAAGUCAGAGAAUGAGGUUGUGAUGCCAAGCUAAUGAAUGGAAACGUUAUCGUGCGCUGUGGAUAAAUACGUCUUUAACUGCAUCAUGGAGCUGGAUUUCUUCUUCUUUUUCUCUUUAGCGUCUAAGAAAAAUGACAUAAAAAGAAAAUACAGCGGAGAACAAACGAACAGAAACCACGGCGACCGGCGCCGCUCUGUGCUACGUCCGUGUUCCUGCAGCUUUGCAAGUGUGUGUGUGUGUGUGGUUUGUCGCGCUGUGUGAUGACGAUGUUUGUGUUUUUAUAUAUUUAAAUAAAACAGAACAACGCAAACUAAGCUUCGAAACGAAAAAAAAACUGCCUUCCUGUUUGAAAGACAAACGAAAAGAAGUGGCCGUCUGAGACUGUUCAAAGCCAUGACUCGGCGUUUUCAGCUGAAACGAGGCGCCGAAAACAGACUUGUGCUAACGCGCGGCUGACUGUGGUGUCAAUCUAUCUGCAGUAAAUAUAUAUAUUUAUAUAUAUAUAUAUAUAUACAAAUGUAUUGUGUCACUAUAGCCCAGUUGUGAUUGUUGUCGUUGUAGAUGUCGUCGUCGUUGUUGUUAUUAUUGUUGCUAUUGUUGUGUAACAGUGUUGAUGACGCACCGCGAGCCUUGGCACUUCAACACUGAGUCAGAAAUGACUCAUUUAAUGGCUAAAAAAAAAAAA